UUUAUGAGUGAAUCAAAAACCAACACCACCAUAUAUUUUUCUAACUAGCUAGCACCAUUUAAAACACAUAUUUGUGUCUACUUUUUUCAAAUAAAAUGGAAGAUAACUCGUUACCUAACAAAAAAAGAUUGAUAAAUGAGCUUAUCAAAGGUAGAGACACUACUAAAAUGCUUCAAGAUCUACUUGUUGGGAAUGUUGAUAAUGAUGGUUCUGUCUCACUUGAAGAUCUAGUGAUAAAAAUAUUGGGAUCAUUCUCUAACUGCCUUUCCGUGUUGGGUUCGGACCAUGUCUCCACGACUAACGACGUUGGCUUGGCUUGUUAUGAUAACCAAACAUGGGAUUCAAAUGAAAGUGACAAAAAAUCGACUCCGAUUGUCAAGGACCGGAGAGGAUGUUACAAGAGACGAAAGACACAAGAUUCAAGGAUUACAAUUGUUAAUACAAUUGAAGAUGGAUAUGCAUGGAGGAAAUAUGGACAAAAGGAGAUUCUUAAUGCUAAAUUUCCCAGAUGUUAUUUUAGAUGUACACACAAACAUGAAGGGUGCAAAGCAUUAAAACAAGUUCAAAAGUUAGAAGAUGGGUCAGAAAUGUUUCAUAUCACAUAUUUUGGUUUCCAUACGUGCCAAAAUAUGCAUAAAAACGCACACAUGUUUUCUAAUUCCGGGGCUCUUAAUUCUUUUCUACUAGAUUUUGAGGAAAAGAAAAUCAUACAAUCACCAAGUAAUCUCUCAACUAUCACAAAUGAUGAUUCAAGUACACAAAGUGAUGAUCAUCUUGCCUCUUGUAAUGAUGGUCUUUCAUCAAGUACUUUGUGGAAGGAUAUAAUUGGUAAUUUGGAACCAUCCCAUGAUGAUAUUUUUAGAAAUGGUGUUUGUAUGGAUGAUUUUAAGUUUGAUGAGAGUGUAUUUUUAUAAGUUUAGUUAUGAAAGAUUAGGGCUAUGUGUUGGUAUGAGUUUGUUAAAGCACAAGAAACUCAUUUAGACUCGUUCAUAUUGGUGUCGUAUUUUGUGGACCAUAGUAUGAUAAAUGGUAUGUGACUAUGUGUCAUCAAAUAUAGCAUAAUAUUAUAUUGUAUA